AUGAUAAUAGUUAUCUAUGGAAGGUAUUAAUGGGAUCAUAAAGUAUUGGAUAGCUGUAAGAACUGGACUAAAGGACUAUCUAGUGAUUUAGAACAGUCAGACUAGUACUGUGAGAUAGAAAUACCUAAAACAUGUCUAGUAGAAAUCAUAGAUAGAUGGCAGGAUUUUUCAGCUUAUCUAAAAGCAGUUUAGUGUGAGUACUAAUUAACUGAUCAUUCAUUGUUUCAAAAGUACUACCACACCAAUAAAAGUUAUAUUGCCUUUCCACUGACUAAAAAUUUUGAUACAAACGAUAGAAAGUUGUGGAGUCUGCCUGAUAGAGUUCUUGAAAGAUCAAAGGGAUUUGAUAGUUUAUAAGAAGCUUAUGAUUCAGGUUACGAAUCAAUAAUAGAUACAAAGAGAGAAACAAUAGUAAAUAAAGUUAAAAGAGAUGAAAAGUUAGUUUAAGAGAGGAAAUUGCUGUAAAAAGAUAGAAACAACCUUAACUAAAAUCUCCUUUUGGUUUUUACUGAUACUAUCUCUAGAUAGAGAGCUCACUUUAAGUUACCAGAGACUAUGAAAUACUUUAAAAAUCAAGAUCAUCAUGAAUUCUUUAGAUUGCAUGCACUAGAGGACAGAACCAUGGAGAAUGGAUUCAUGUUCUUAUAUGGAAAGUCAAGGAAUGAUAUCAGUGGAACUCGCACUACGAAUUCUUAUGAAGAGAAUUAUCCACCCCCAUUUAGCUACGAGGACAAAUUUGAGUCAAUCAUUGGGUACUUCAAAGAGCAAGGUUUUAUCACUGGCUAUACUUCUAAUAUUUGCGAGACUAAUAUCUUCCUAUAGAAUAAUUUCUUUGCAGACUAUGUUAGAAACACCCCUGCUGAUCAUGAAAAUGUGGCAAUGACUUGUGAUCCACAUCUAUUUGAUUACAUCAGAGGCACUGAACAGUUUUAGGGCCACUUUUCUAUAUUCAGACGCUGCUUAUACGGAAAAGACUCGUUUGAGUUUACAUUUGAUUAUGCAAAGCAGUUCUUCAAAGCAUAUAACUAGGACAAAAAGAUAAUGAUAGUUGUGUUAAUGGAUAUGCAUGAAGGCACUGGUGAGGUUAUCAAUUAUUUGGAUAAGCCUCUAGCUAAGUUUUUAAAUGAGAUGCAUUAAGAUAAUACAACAGUAAUUAUGUUUAGCGAUCAUGGACCACAUUUAGGUGGUAUCAAGAAGAAGUUUGGAGGAGUUCAAAUUAUUAAUGAAAUUUUUAAUCCAUUUAUAAUGACUGCUAACCUUAAAGGAUUGAACUCAUAUCACAAGUCGAAAUUUGAAGAAAACUAAUAGAAAUUGAUUACGCAUUUGUAAUUCCAUAACUUCUUGAAAUACUGGGCAUCAGGAGAAUAUUAAUCAAAUAGUCUGAUAUCAAAACUGCCUAAUGAUGAGGUGAUGUGUGAUUUUAUUGGGAUCAAUUGCAUUUGUAAGAACUAUUAAAAAAACAACUACACUCUGAGGAUAGAUUGA